AACCUACAUCACCUAGAGCUUUUCUAUUCAUUACUGCAAUUUAUAGGAACUUUCAUAGGAACAUGGGAAUUUGGGAAUAUACUCUUUAUUUUUCUACAACAACCUGCCUAUGGAGUGGGAGAGCAGCAGAGGAGACUCUACAGAGACUUGAUGAAAGACUAUAACCCACUGGAGAGACCUGUGUUCAAUGACACACACUCACUCACUGUGUAUUUCAGCUUCAGUCUCAUGCAGAUUAUGGAUGUGGAUGAGAAGAAUCAAGUACUUACAACCAACAUUUGGUUACAGCUGUACUGGUAUGACUACUAUCUUCAGUGGAACACUUCUGGAUAUCCUGGAGUGGCGAGUGUACGAUUUCCUGACAGUCAGAUCUGGAAGCCUGACAUCUUACUGUAUAACAGUGCUGAUGAAAGGUUUGAUGCCACAUUUCAUACUAAUGUGCUGGUGAAUUCCUCUGGUGCCUGCCAAUACCUACCGCCAGGGAUAUUCAAAAGCACCUGCUACAUCGAUGUCCGCUGGUUCCCCUUUGAUCUUCAGAGGUGUGAUUUGAAAUUUGGCUCCUGGACGUAUGGGGGAUGGUCUCUGGACCUGCAGAUGAUUGAUGCUGACAUCACAGGAUAUAUUGCAAAUGGAGAGUGGGACCUUGUGGAGGUUCCAGGUCGAAGGAAUGAGAGAUUCUAUGACUGCUGCAAGGAGCCGUACCCAGAUGUGACUUUCACGGUGGUGAUGCGGAGACGGACGCUAUACUAUGGUCUAAACCUGCUUAUUCCCUGUGUGCUCAUCUCUACUCUGGCCCUGCUGGUCUUCCUCUUGCCUGCUGACUCAGGCGAGAAGAUCUCUCUUGGGAUCACAGUCCUGCUCUCACUGACAGUUUUCAUGCUUCUGGUAGCAGAGAUAAUGCCGGCAACAUCAGACUCUGUGCCUUUAAUAGCUCAGUAUUUUGCCACCACCAUGUUUAUUGUUGGCCUGUCUGUGAUAGCCACAGUCUGGGUAUUACAAUACCACUACCAUGAUCCGGAUGGAGGAAAAAUGCCAAAAUGGACCCGUGUGGUGCUGUUGAACUGGUGUGCAUGGUUCCUGAGGAUGAAGAGGCCUGGUGAGGACAGAGUUCGCUCAGCGUGUCACAAUAAGCAGCUGCGCAGCAGCCUCUCCAGCGUGGAUCUGAACAUCAGCACCGGAGCCGCGCAGUCCACCAAUGGAAACCUGCUGUACAUCGGCUUUCGUGGAAUGGACGCUAUUCACUAUGCCACUUCACCCGAUUCGGGGGUGAUCUGCAGCCGGCUCGUCGCCACAGUUAGUAGCGGCCCUGGAGAAAGUGAAUUGUCCAAAAUCUUGGAUGAAGUUCGGUACAUUGCCAAACGCUUCCGGGACCAAGACGAGGAGGAGACUAUGUGUAAUGAGUGGAAGUUUGCAGCAUCUGUCAUUGACCGUCUUUGUCUCAUGGCCUUUUCUUUGUUCACCAUACUCUGCACCAUUGGUAUCUUAAUGUCUGCCCCUAAUUUUGUAGAGGCCAUAUCCAAAGAUUUCUUUACCUGA